AUGUCAGAGAAAGUUGGACCUUUCGGUGGUAACAAAGGAGAUGCAUUCGACGAUGGGGUUUUUGGUUACGAAGGUGUGAGGAAAGUGAUCGUUGGGGAAAACAUGAACGGCGUAGAUUGUAUCAAAAUCGAAUACGAGAAAGAUGGAAAAAUCGAGACACAAAUGCAUGGAAGUUUUGUACUUAACUAUCCAGACGAGUACAUCACACAAAUUCAAGGAACCUAUAGCGAUGUUUCGAGAUAUAAUACAACUAUCGUGAAGACGCUUACCUUCAAGACAUCACAUGGAAGAAAAUCUCCAGAGUUUGGUCAGAAUGCGUUUUUCAAAACAGAUUUCGUGGUGGAAGGUAAAGGAGGAGCAAAGCUUAUUGGGUUCCAUGGAAGGUCUGGUUCUGCUCUUGAUGCUAUAGGAGCUCACUUUUUCAGGUCUUCUUCUCCUCUAAAGCAAUUGGAACCUCUUGGUGGAAGCGGAGGAAAUGCUUGGGAUGAUGGAGUUUACGACGGUGUGAAAAAAAUCAUGGUUGGACUAGAUAUUAACGACAUAAGCUAUGUUAAGUUCAAGUAUGCUAAAGGAAGCACAUCGAUACGACAUUCUCACGGAAAGUUAAACAAAGAACCGAGUGAGGGGAGAAUCUCCCCUGUAUUUGGAAAAGUGUCCGGUACGAAAUUUGUCCUUGAGAUGAAAGAUCACAUGCUUGUCGGAUUCCGUGGACGGAACGGUGUUCUUCUCAAUGGUCUCGUAGCACUCGGAGCACAUUUUGCACCAUUUCCAGCACCAAGUGCGCCAGCUCCUGCCCCAGUUACGCCAUGUCCCUGUCCCGUGCCAGUUGCGCCAGCUCCCGUGCCGGUUCCAGCUAAGAAAGUAGAAGCAAAAGGCGGAAAUGGAGGAGCCGCGUGGGACGAUGGUGCUUUCGAUGAUGUAAGGAAGGUAUAUGUAGGACAAGGUGGCUCCGGUGUGUCCUUUGUCAAGUUUGAGUAUGAUAGUAGCAAGAAGGUUGUAGCUGGAGAUGGUCAUGGGAAGAAGUCACUUCUUGGAACAGAGGAGUUUGAGCUCGAUUUUCCGAAUGAAUACAUCGUAUCGGUGGAGGGAUGUUACGAAAAAAUAUUUGGAAUCGAAACCGAUGUGGUGACUAUGCUUAGGUUUAAGACAAACAAGCGAACAUCUCAACCGUUUGGGCUCGAGUCAGGCACAACGUUUGUGUUGGAGAUGAAAGAUCAUAAGAUCGUUGGAUUCCAUGGCAAAGCUGGAGAUUUUGUUCAUCAGGUUGGUGUCCAUGUCUCACCAAUCACCAAGCCUUAA